AUGGCCCAAAAACACACGAUAAGUGCCCUGGUCGAAAAUCAUUUUGGCGUUCUGUGUCGCGUUGCUGGUCUUUUCUCCAGUCGCGGAUUCAAUAUCGAUAGUCUGUCUGUUGGUGAGACAGAAGACCCGAGUAUUUCUCGCAUGACCAUUGUCGUCGGUGGCGAUGAUAGCGUGCUCGAGCAAGUGGUCAAGCAAUUGGAUCGCGUUAUUGAUGUUAUUCGCGUGAUCGAUAUUACACAGGGCGCAUUUGUCGAACGCGAACUCAUGUUGAUCAAAGUCAAAGCCGAUACAACAACACGCGCAGAAAUCAUCCAAAUUGCCGAAGUGUUUCGCGCACAUAUCGUCGAUGUGUGUCCCAGGUCGAUGACCAUAGAGGUUACGGGCAAAAAUGAUAAAAUUCAGGCUAUCAUUGGCAUGCUCAGUUCUUUUGGUAUCGAAGAAAUCGCGCGCACAGGCACGGUUGCUCUGUUGCGAGAUUCCGCGGUACAAUAA